AUUGUCAUUUAUUAUUAAAAACACAAAAAUGGAUGAAGCUGUUUAUCUAAAAUACGAUGGGAAAAAUAUUGAUAUCAAACAAGAAAAACAGGACAACGCCGACAGUUACAAGUAUGAAUUCGAUUCCGGAAGCCAAGACAGCAGUAAGAGCGGUAGCGGAGGUUACCAGCGAUGGGCACCUAAUUUGAAUGGAAUCAGAAAAAGUGCAUUUACGCCGUACAAAUCCGUUCAGUGCACUGCAUUGACUAAUUUGCAGCGAGGCAAUACGCAGGCGCGGGUGACGGAGGUGCCCCAGGCGGACAGCAGCUUCCACACGAAGGCCGGGCGCGGCGAGAUCACGCGCGAGGACGUGAAGCUGGAGCCGUACGUGGACAUCACGGACGAGCACGGGCUCACGGCGCUGCACUGGGCCGCGAGCUACGGCCAGCUCAACAGCUGUCAAGACCUAGUUUGGAGCGGAGCCAAUGUUAACAUGCGAGGGCCCGAAGGGGAGACAGCACUACACCUGGCUGCUGCGGGGGGACACCAUGAAAUCGCCAAGUUUCUCUUGAAUGAGGGCGCAGAUGCUGAUGUUCAAGAUGAUUCCGGCUCCACCGCCCUGAUGUACGCCGCCGCGGCCGACUUCCCCUACACCUGCAACGAGCUGCUCAUCCGCGGCGCCGACCUCACGCUCACCAACGACUACGACCAGGACGCCUACACACUCAGCACCACUAACAAUAGUAAACUGGCUCAAACUGUGAUAGAAAACUUUUUAAUUGGUUGUCUCAGCAAGAUGUGAAGAUAGACCAGACCAAGUUAUGUUGGAAUAUCCACACAAUUCAUUUGCUUUAACAGUUGAAUGAAGAAAUACAGGGAUUUAGUUUGUAACAUAAAUAAUGUAUCUAUUUACUUCAUUAUAUAUACAGAUCAUGUUUUAUGAAAUAAAAGAUUUUGAAUUA